CCUCGGCGCAGCCGUCUCAGCCGUCGCCCCCUCGGGCCGGCCCCGGCACCUGCGGCCUUUCUCCUUCCCGCCUUCCCGCGCCUCCUCUGGCUUUCAGUCUGUGUCCCGCUCCGCGGCUCGCGCUCACCAGCAGCUCCGGUCCCCGUAACAGCUGCUCCCGCCACCCGGCUGCUCCCGCUGCUCCUCAGCCCACUAGAACUUUCCUCGACUUCCGCUUCCGGCUCGCCUUUCGAGCCGCCUUCUAAACUCCCAAGUCGGGCACUUCUACCCGCGUAGAGUCAUAGAGAUGAGGCGCUGGGGACCUCGAUGGCGCCCUUAGCGGACGCUCCUUUCCGAUCGCGACGCAGGCUGCCGGGCUGACGUCUGAUCUCGCUUCCCGGGCGGCCCUUCCGGUCAGGGAGCAAAGCCUCGGAGGAGAAAACUUCCUUUCCCCGCGGCCCUGUUCCCGGAACUCACGGACUUAGUCUAGGUCGACCUGGCAGGGGGAAGGGUUAGAGGGACGGACAAGGGGCUGGCCGGGAGGCUUCCGAGCGAGCUCCGGAAGUACAGCGUUCGGAAGGGUCCGACUGACGUGGUAUCUCAGGCCGACAGCUGGUGAGAAUUAGGCGUGAACUGGGGACGUCGGAGAGCUGAGUCCCAGCCAGCGCCGACGCCGUGAUCUCCGGCAGUCGCUUUUCCAGCGCCGACGCCGUGAUCGCCGGCAGUCGCUUUUCCGGGCCUUCGUUGGCUCAUCACCGGAGUUGUGGACGAGCCUCUCAGCGUCCAUCCUGGGGAACGAGGCCGCUGGUUCAGCGCCGGUAGGAGCCGAGGUCCGGAGAUAAAAGGCCCCUCCUCUUCUUCAAAACAGUCCUGGGUUCUCAGCCUGCCACUCAAGGAAUUGAAGAGGAGAAGGUGACAGUCUCUGCAUCCCCCCUGGGACAGGAUCCAGCAUGUCUCAGGCCACCAAGAGGAAGCAUGUGGUGAAGGAGGUGCUGGGGGAGCACAUGGUGCCCUCUGACCAGCAGCAGAUCGUGAGGGUACUGAGGACCCCAGGGAACAAUCUGCAUGAGGUUGAGACAGCCCAGGGGCAGCGCUUCCUGGUGAGCAUGCCCUCCAAAUACCGUAAGAACAUCUGGAUCAAGAGAGGGGAUUUUCUUAUUGUUGACCCCAUUGAAGAGGGAGAAAAGGUGAAGGCUGAGAUCUCCUUUGUGCUCUGCAAGGACCAUGUGCGCUCUCUCCAGAAGGAGGGGCUCUGGCCUGAGGCCUUCUCCGAAGUGGCUGAGAAACACAACAACAACAAAAACAGGCAGGCUCAGCCGGAACUCCCAGCCGAGCCACAGUCAUCGGGAGAAGAGUCCAGCUCUGAAGAUGAUUCUGAUCUCUUCAUUAACACCAACCGCAGACAAUAUCAUGAGAGUGAGGAGGAGAGCGAGGAGGAGGAGGCAGCCUGAAACACCAGGACCCAUUUCUCCACUGUCUCAGAGACUAGACCCUGGCUCCUCUGGGCUUGGACCUUCCCAGGGUGCUCUGCAGAUCUUCCCCCCUGGAUGGGACAAGGCAGGGCCCCUUUCUGAACUGACCUUCUGACCUAUAGGAGAAUUAAACCCCUGGUGGGUGGUGACUUGU